AUGUCGCUGUAGCCGUCGACGCGAUACGAACCCUUGUUUUCUUUACAAUUUUGCACUCGCAAAAAUGUCGCAAGUGAUGAAUUUGGUGCGGACUUGUGGUUUACUAAUAUACUUAUUUUUUAAUGUGCACGCCUCCAACAAUAGUGUGUCUGAACCACGGAUAAUAUCGUUGAAAUUGGACAACAAAAAAUGUGAUACUGUAAAUUGUAAAUAUUUACUAAAUAUCAAGGGUGGUGAAUUUCUCGGGCAUUUUUCGUGGAGAUUAACCCCAGUGGAAGGUUCAAGGGGUGGUGAAUGUGACGUCAUAUACCCCAAUUACGAGUUAAAAGAGGUUUUUACCACGCAGUGGCUAACACAAUUAGAAAUUAUUUUGCCUGUGUCGAAUACUAAAUUGUAUUUUUGUGUGUACGAAAAUCAUGUGAAAAACAGUCCGUUUGGAGGAAAAUGGGUGCACCAGGGCGCUGAAUUCUACUUGGAUGUGAAAAGCGAUAAUUCACACGAACCAAACACAGGCCCAACUUUACAAACAGACCUACAAUCGAACACAGAAUGGUCAGACCUAACCCACGACAUAGAUAUAAACCAUCUAGAGAAGACACCAACACUAACGCGAGAAGAGAGAGAAGACAUAGAAGUAUUGUCCAACGAGAAAUAUGUGCCUUUAAAUGAUAUACAACAUGAUAAAACUAUUACCGACUUCAAUGUUGAUACAAAUGAGAAUUCUAUUGAAAGACUCAAAAGAGAUAUCUCAAGUGUAGUACCAACAGAAAAUUCCAGAAAUAUUGAAGCUAUGGAAGCUUUAAGAAAACCAAGGGAUGUAACAGUACCUGAAACGGAAUUUUUCAGCGUAAAAGCUGAUACUUUUAUUGUUAAUAUUGAAGGUUUAAGGAUAGAGAAUUCGGAUAAGGAGCCGAAAAUUAUUGAUGAAAGUAUACCCAGUGUGUUGGCUGAUUCUAGAGUUACUUUGAGAUUGUUCGGCGACGGUCUCACCUCACGGACGGUGAUAGCGUUCACUCAUGAAGUCCAGCAGUACGGACAGCCGUGCAAGUUUCUGCUCAAAGGAGAAUAUAUGGCAAAGGAAGGAUCAGUGAGGCCCAAGACAGCUUUAUUUGAUGUGGUCGCACCAGCCCCUAUAUCGGACUCCAAUCUUUACAUUUGUGCCAAAAACCUGAAGUUAGGCGUCGAUGAUCCUUUUAAAGAUGAAGAGAAAUAUCUUCAUCAAGGUACGGAAGCCUACAAGAUGUUCGCGUCCCACAACAAAAUGUUACCGCUGUGGGUCACUCUGACACUCAUCAUGACGUGUCUGACCUUCUCGGCGCUGUUCUCAGGACUCAACCUGGGUCUCAUGUCUUUGGAUAGAACGGAACUGAAGAUUAUAUCUAAUACUGGCACAGAACAAGAACGCAAAUACGCCCGCGCCAUAAUGCCCGUCCGAGACCACGGCAACUACCUCCUCUGCAGCAUACUCCUAGGAAACGUAGCCGUGAACUCCACUUUCACCAUACUCCUGGAUGAGCUGACUUCUGGACUGUUCGCUGUCAUAUUCUCGACGUUAGCUAUUGUUCUGUUGGGAGAGAUAACUCCUCAGGCUAUUUGUUCGAGACAUGGCCUCAUGGUUGGAGCUAAGAGUAUUAUGAUAACUAAGGCAGUAAUGGCCCUAACAGCGCCGCUCGCGUUCCCAGUAAGCAAGCUCCUCGACUACUUCCUAGGCGAGGAGAUAGGCAGCGUCUACAACCGCGAGAGGCUGAAGGAACUAGUGAAGGUGACGACAGACGUUAAUGAUUUAGACAAGGAUGAAGUUAAUAUAAUUUCUGGAGCCCUAGAGCUUCGCAAGAAGACGGUAUCUGAUGUGAUGACGAAACUGGAAGAUGUCUUCAUGCUGCCUAUCAGUUCUGUGCUGGACUUCGAGACUAUGUCGGAGAUUGUUAAGUCUGGUUACUCCCGCAUCCCAGUCUACGAAGGUGGUCGCGGCAACAUAGUGACGGUGCUCUUCAUCAAAGACCUGGCGUUCGUGGACCCUGACGACAACACGCCGCUGCGCACGCUGUGCCAGUACUAUCAGAACCCCUGCAACUUUGUCUUCGAAGAUGUUACCUUGGAUGUCAUGUUUAAGCAGUUUAAGGAAGGUCACAAAGGUCACAUGGCGUUCGUGCACCGCAUCAACAACGAGGGUGAGGGCGACCCCUUCUACGAGACCAUGGGGCUGGUGACCUUGGAAGAUGUUAUAGAGGAGAUGAUACAGGCAGAGAUCGUUGAUGAGACCGAUGUCUUCUUGGACAACCGAUCGAAACGUCGUCGCAACAAGCCGACGAACAAACUGCAGGACUUCGCCGCUUUCGCCGAACGACACGAAAACCAGCGCAUACACAUAUCUCCUCAGCUUACGCUCGCCACCUUCCAGUUUCUCAGCACCAGUGUCGACGCAUUCCGUCCGGACACGGUGUCCGAGACGGUGCUGCGGCGGCUGCUGAAGCAAGACGUGAUACACCACAUUAAGCUGAAAGGCAAGACUAAGAAGGAUCCCAGCACUUAUGUGUUUCAGCAGGGGAAGCCGGUGGACUACUUCGUGCUGAUCCUGGAAGGUCGCGUGGAGGUGACGGUGGGGCGCGAGAACCUCGUGUUCGAGGCCGGACCCUUCACAUACUUCGGCGUACAGGCGCUGACGCAGAACGUGGGGCUGGCGGAGUCCCCGACGCCAUCAGCGAUGGGUUCUCUGCAGAACAUCAAUAUGGACUCCAUGCUGCGUCACACUUUCGUGCCGGACUACUCCGUCAGGGCUAUCACUGAGCUCUUCUAUUUGACUGUUAAACGAUCUCUCUACCUAGCAGCUAAACGCGCUACUCUUAUGGAGAAGGGCGCAUUAUCAAAAGGAGCAACGAACGAACAAUUCGAUACAGAAGUCGAUAAGUUGUUACAAUCUGUGGAUGAAGAUAUAAGUAUCAGCGGUGAACAUAAGACGCCUUCGAGACAGGUAUCUCCUCACCCCCUCCCAGUCUCAGCCUCCCCCCACACCCGUUCAUCAUUCGCGUCCCGAACCUCACCAGAGACCCGCAACGGAGACGUUUUCGCCAGACCUGAUGAGCAGGAGAAACUCUUGAAAUAACAACAGGUUCUACUCGCACCACCCACAGUCAGGUGAUGCCCGUAGUAUAAAAUAAAGGAUUGAAUUUUAAAAGGUGCACAAGAAAAUAAAUGAAAAGUGGUUCAGAAUUAUUAACAGAACAUAUCUGCAUCAGUAUUUUUUUUAUAUAAAAUUACUGUUACAGCCUUUUUAUCGUCU